CUAUAUAAUCACCAAACAAAAAAAUCUAGAAGUUUAUGAAGCCGUUCACAAUUUUUCCGAUAUAGAUGCUUUCGUUCGUGUUGUAAGCUUUUUAGCCACCGAUCUUCUUGGAUUGAUUAAGUUGUUUAUUUUGAUUUAUUAUCGAAAAGAAAUUUGCGAGAUGUUAAAUUCGUUUGAAACGGGAUUCUUUUUGCCAGAUUUUAACAGAGGAGGAAAUUAUGAAGUGGAAAUACUAAAUAAAUACGUUUCUUAUUCGAAUUAUCAGACGUAUAUUUACCAAGUUUUAUGUUUAACGGUGAUUUUAUCGGGAAUGUGUGGAACUCUUUUAGAAAGAAUUUUAAAUUCAAACAACUCACAAAAUUGGACUAUGCCAUUCCUUUCGUUUUCUUUAUUUCCAAUUAAUAGAAGUCCAAAUUACGAAAUAGCCUGGUUUAUGCAAAGUAUUUUAAGAAUAAUAUUUUCUGGAAUCGUUAGCGCUUUAGACACUUUAUUAGGAGCUAUUUUAGCACACAUCACAGCUCAAUGUUUAUUACUACAAAACGCAAUCAGAAGAAUUAAUUCACACGAAAAUAAUUCAUUAAAAAAUAUUAUACACUAUCAUUGGGAAAUUUUAAAACUUGCUAAAAAAUUUGAUCGUUUUUUUAGUUAUUUACUAUUAAGUGAGUUCUUUGGAACGUUAGGAAUACUUUGUUUUACAAUGUAUCAUGCAUCUUUAUCUGACUUAUUAAGCAGAAAAGCAGCACAAGAUUUUUCUUACGUUUCUACCAUUUCAAUGCAAAUAUUUUUGUGCUGUUAUUGGGGCAAUGAAGUUGCCAGGCAAAGUGAAGCCAUGGCUUUAUCUUGUACAGAAGCUGACUUUGUUGGUGCAGAUCUUCAAUUUCAAAAAGAUUUGGUCUUUUUAAUAAGAAAUUGCCAAAAGCCUAUUGUGUUAACAGCUGGAAAUUUUACUGAGUUAUCUUUAAAAACUUUCGUUUGGAUUUUAAGAGCUUCAUAUUCUUACUAUAUGGUAUUGAGGAGUAAUAAUUAAUACAAAAAC